AUGGCUACGAAGCAGCUCGACGACUGGAUUGAGAUCGUCCGGGAGUGCAAGUACCUGCCCGAGCAGGAUCUCCGUCGCCUGUGCGACCUGGUCAAGGAGAUCCUCAUGGAGGAGUCCAACAUCCAGCCCGUUUCUACUCCAGUCACCAUUUGCGGCGAUGUGCACGGCCAGUUCCCGGACCUGCUGCAGCUGUUCCGCACCGGUGGCGAGGUCCCGGACACGUCGUACAUCUUCAUGGGUGACUACGUUGACCGUGGCUACUACAGCCUGGAGACCUUCACCUACCUCAUGUGCCUGAAGGCCCGCUACCCGGACCGCAUCACCCUCCUGCGCGGGAACCACGAGAGCCGGCAGAUCACCCAGACCUAUGGCUUCUACGACGAGUGCAUGAAGAAGUACGGCAACGCCAGCGCCUGGAAGAACUGCUGCUCCGUCUUCGACUACCUUUCGGUCACCGCCCUCGUUGAUGGCCGCGUCUUCUGCGUCCACGGCGGCCUGUCGCCGGACAUCCGCACCCUGGACAAGAUCCACACCAUCCAGCGCUGCCGCGAGAUCCCCCACGAGGGCGCCUUCUGCGACCUGAUGUGGUCCGACCCGGACACCAGCCUCGAGAACUGGACCAUCAGCCCCCGCGGCGCCGGCUGGCUCUUCGGGUCGAAGGUUACCUCGGAGUUCACCCACGUCAACGGGCUACAGCUGAUCGCCCGCGCGCACCAGCUCGUCAACGAGGGCCACAAGUUCCUCUUCGACGACUGCAACCUCGUGACCGUGUGGUCGGCGCCGAACUACUGCUACCGCUGUGGCAACGUCGCAUCCAUCAUGACCCUGCGCGAGGACCUGGAGCCCACCUUCAAGACCUUCGAGGCCGUGGCCUCGGAGCUCAGCGUCGAGCCGCCCCGCCUCUACAUCCCUUACUUCCUGUGA